GCUCAGCGCUCAGUCAGUCUCAGGCUGUCCGGCCAGGGUGGUUGGUGGUGAGGAUUCAGGCUCCGUCCUGACGAGGCCGUGGCCUGUGGCUCAGGGCCCCCCAGCCCUUCCCUUCCAACCCACCAGCGUCACCCCCCAGCCCCGAGCUGGACCGCACACCUUGGGACACGGUUUUCCACUUCCUAAGGACGAGUCCCAGACUGGAGGAGAGGUCCGAGGAGGUGGGCGUUGGACUCUUCGCGAGGACCCCGGCGGCGGGCCCCGGGGAGGCGGCCGAGGUGGCAGCGGCCGGGGGCGACAUGGCGGAGGAGCAGGACCUCUCCGAGGUGGAGCUGAGCCCCGUGGGCUCCGAGGAGCCCCGCUGCCUGUCCCCGGGGAACGCGCCUUCGCUGGGGCCCGACGGCGGGGGCGGCGGCGGAUCGGGCCUGCGAGCCAGCCCGGGGCCCGGAGAGCUGGGCAAGGUCAAGAAGGAACAGCAGGACGGCGAGGCGGACGAUGACAAGUUCCCCGUGUGCAUCCGCGAGGCCGUCAGCCAGGUGCUGAGCGGCUACGACUGGACGCUGGUGCCCAUGCCGGUGCGCGUCAACGGCGCCAGCAAGAGCAAGCCGCACGUCAAGCGGCCCAUGAACGCCUUCAUGGUGUGGGCGCAGGCGGCGCGCAGGAAGCUGGCCGACCAGUACCCGCACCUGCACAACGCCGAGCUCAGCAAGACGCUGGGCAAGCUCUGGAGGCUGCUGAACGAGAGUGACAAGCGUCCCUUCAUUGAGGAGGCUGAGCGGCUCCGGAUGCAGCACAAGAAGGACCACCCGGACUACAAGUACCAACCACGGAGGCGGAAGAAUGGGAAGGCGGCCCAGGGGGAGGCGGAGUGCCCGGGCGGGGAGGCGGAGCAGGGCGGCGCUGCCGCCAUCCAGGCCCACUACAAGAGUGCCCACCUGGACCACCGGCACCCGGGAGAGGGCUCCCCAAUGUCAGACGGGAACCCCGAGCACCCCUCAGGUCAGAGCCAUGGCCCACCCACUCCUCCAACCACCCCAAAGACAGAGCUGCAGUCGGGCAAGGCAGACCCCAAGCGGGAUGGGCGCUCCAUGGGGGAGGGCGGGAAGCCUCAUAUCGACUUCGGCAACGUGGACAUCGGUGAGAUCAGCCACGAGGUAAUGUCCAACAUGGAGACCUUUGAUGUGGCUGAGUUGGACCAGUACCUGCCGCCCAAUGGGCACCCAGGCCAUGUGGGCAGCUACUCAGCAGCUGGCUAUGGGCUGGGCAGUGCCCUGGCUGUGGCUAGUGGACACUCUGCCUGGAUCUCGAAGCCGCCAGGCGUGGCUCUGCCCACGGUCUCGCCACCUGGGGUGGAUGCCAAAGCCCAGGUGAAGACGGAGACCGCGGGGCCCCAGGGGCCCCCGCACUACACCGACCAGCCAUCCACCUCGCAGAUCGCCUACACCUCCCUCAGUCUGCCCCACUAUGGCUCCGCCUUCCCCUCCAUCUCGCGCCCCCAGUUUGACUACUCUGACCAUCAGCCCUCAGGACCCUAUUACGGCCAUUCGGGCCAGGCCUCUGGCCUCUACUCGGCCUUCUCCUACAUGGGGCCCUCGCAGCGGCCCCUCUACACGGCCAUCUCUGACCCCAGCCCCUCAGGGCCCCAGUCCCACAGCCCCACACAUUGGGAGCAGCCAGUAUAUACGACGCUGUCUCGGCCUUAAAGGGGGCCCUGUCACCACAGCCCUGCCUGGCCUCUCUGGGUAGCACAUCCCUUCCCCCAGCCCUUGCGCCCUGUUUCUCGCCCAUCUCAGGCCUGGUGGUGGCUGUGGAAGAGGCUGGAGAGGCUGACAGCUGAGGGAAGGCUUUCUGUCUGGUUCACAGCCUUUGAUGAUCCCACCCCAUCCUAUCCAGGCUCCAACCCAGGCAAGGCCCUGGGCUACUAGGCUGGGCAGAGGAGAAGGAGGUUGAUCGUUGCCCCUAGACUGAAAGAUGAGGGGCUGCACCUUCCCCCCAGGAAUGACCCUCGAUCCCAGGACCUGAGAAGGACCCGCUCAUCCUCCUCUGGGAGGAGGGGAAAGCAUCUAGGGUUGGAUGGGAACCAGAGGCCUUGCCACUCCUGUGCCCGUGUCUGCUCUUGCAUGGAGAAUGAGGGGUCUGACAUAACCAUGCCACCUGUGCCACAUGCCUAAGAGCAAGGCCAACCAGAGACCUGCAUCAUUGCCUAGAGCAGACUACAUCUGCCCCUCGGGCUGAGGACAACUUUGAACACCCUCGGCGGGUAUAGGGCUGGGGUGGGGGCUCAGAGGGAGGUCUCAUCCCCUCAGUGCCCCUUCCCCUCCUGAACACAGGAGGGAAUUGGCACAGAGGUCCCCAGAUCCAAUUCUGUGCCAAUAGCCUCAUUCUUUGUCUUACUGAGAAAGACAGCCCCCUUCCUACUCCACUACAACCUCCCAGACCAUGAGGGGUAUCCCAGGAAGCGAGGAGGCAGGGGCUCCAGGAAAGGAUUCCCAGACAAUUCACGGAGCCUUCCUCCUGGGCUCCUCGCCAACUCCCUCUUCCCUCAUCAGGCUCUGUGGCCCCUGCUCUGUCAGCCCCAACUCCUUGGGCUUCCCAGAGAGUUACAGCUGCUCAGGCCCAAACCCUCGGCUCCAGUAGGAGACGCAGGGCCCAGCCCCCAGGUUGCUGGCAGCAGGCUGAAGACACUAAACUCCUGAUGUGUACAUUCUGCCCUGGCCUUUUGCCCUUUGCCUCCCAGUGGUAUUUGAAUAAAGUAUGUAGCUCUGUCUGCCCCUAUUUUCCUGUUCUGCAUCCCCCUCGAUCCACAUGUAAUGCAUUACUGCUCCCCUCUUAUUUAUCUCAGUAGCUUCCUCUCCCCUCUCCCCUCCCCUAGCUCCUCCAGCCCCUAUUAACUCUGCAUUAAGCAUUCCACAUAAUAAAAUUAAAGGUUCCAGUUACUGCUUGGUGGGCCUGACCUGGCCUGUCUCUUGGUCUCAUCCCUGUACCAGUGCUUCCUCAAAUGCUUUCUGGAAGUAGCUAGAGGUAGAAUGCAAAGGACAGAUAAUCCAAAGUUCUCCUCUCUCCCUAAGAAGGUGGGGGUGAUGCAGUGGGUCAGGACAACUGGCAUCACAGUGGGGUCGGUCUGUGCUAGGGACUGAGGCCUCAGACAGGAGCUCUUCCCCAGCCCAGCUGUGCCCACACUGCAGGUGGGCCACUCCCUGGCUCAAGCUGGAACUCAGUGAGAGUGCCGUCCAAGCAGCCUCUGUGCUCAUCCAACAGAGAGGGGGCCUUGCAAAGAAUUCAAGGGAGCAGUCCACUCCAGGAUCUAGCCGAGACCUGAGAGCAGCUGCCCAUGUCUAAGUGUAAAGGAAGAAUGGCAGACGUGCAAUCUAAUCCUUCACAGCUUGCUCCCCAAGAGCUCUUUCCUCAGCAGAACUCCAACCUGCAUUCGGGGGCCAGGAGCCACUCCACCUCAGGGACAGGGGAAAUCUCUUCACCACCUGCUCCACUGAUGGACAGCUCCAGUGGUUGGACAUCCUUCCUUAUACCCAGCUCAUAACAACCGUAGUAGCUGCCAUGUAGCAAGUGCUCCCUGGCCAAGUGCUUUGUUAUCAGGCCUAUGAAGGAGUGGGUCAGACCGUCAGCUCCAUUUUCCAGAUGGGGAACUGAUGCUUUGAGAGGUUGAUGCUAAGUGCUGGUGCCAGAAUUUGAAGGCAGCUCUGACGCCAAAGCUAGCGCUCUUAACCAUCAUCUCUUCCACCUGUCCAUCGUUUGCCAGCCCUACUUCCACUUUUAAUCUGAAGUGAUGCUUCCCUCACUGCUCCAGAUCAGCAUCGCCAGCUCCAUUACCCGUUUCUUCUAGCUGUGGGCUCCAGCCCCUCACCUCCUAGUCAGGACCUGGGGUAGGGCGGGGAGCACCAAGAACCAGCGCAGGCCUCCAGGGUGGCCAAACUCCCAUCUCGAAGCUGCAUCGUGUGAGCUUUUCAGGCAACCUCGCCAACACUGCUGGCUGCCAUGAAGCUUAGUCUAAGUGCAAACCCCUGCUCUUGUAGACAAUAUCUCUGCCAAGUCAGAUCACCCUAAAACUGUAUAUAAGCUGUUUUCUGGUGUUGUGUUUAUUUUGUUGUGUUGUAGAUAAAUGCAGGAUUUUAUACUGAUCUUUAACAGAUUUCAUCUUGUUGGAUUUGACCAUUUCCCCACUUGUAUUAAAUCUUUUGGAAUUCUGAAUCCAACUUAUUAGCUCUCCUUCUGAGCUUUAUGUAUCUGCAAACUUGAAUAUCCUCAUUCAAGUCACUAAUAAAAAAGGUUGAAAUCAA